CUAGAGUGUACAGUACAAAACCUGAAGCUUCAUCUCACUAUGGUUACAGUAAAUCUUCAAAUUUCAUCCAAAAUAUCUGAAGAGAUUGAUUCUCUCCUCAUCUACAUUGCUUUAUUAUAAUUACUUGAAGCUAAAACAGCCAAAACUAGAAACACCCAUUUGGGAAAAACACAAUCUUUUUUCUCCAUAGACAAGCAAUGGGAGGUUCCAAAACCAGGCCUCGAAACCCACCGCCACCUUCGUUUUCCUUCAUUUUCUUGCUGUUUCUCAAUCUUUCAUGGACUUUUCAGACGACCCUUUUCGUCGUUGGAGCCCCACAAUCGCAUCAGCCCAUCAAAACCAUUGUCGUUUUGGUGAUGGAGAAUCGGUCGUUCGAUCACAUGCUUGGGUGGAUGAAGAAAGCCAUUAACCCAGCUAUCAAUGGCGUCAAUGGAGAUGAAUGCAACCCGGUUUCGACUAAGAACCUGAAACCCGAAACGAUUUGCUUCACUGAUGAUGCCGAGUUCGUGGAUCCGGAUCCGGGGCACUCUUUUGAAGCUGUGGAGCAACAGGUAUUUGGGUCUAGCUCAUUUCCUUCCAUGUCUGGGUUUGUAGAACAAGCUCUAUCAAUGUCUCCAAACCUCUCUGAAACUGUCAUGAAAGGUUUUAGACCCGGAUCCGUACCCGUUUAUGCCUCUCUGGUUCGUGAGUUUGCCGUGUUUGAUAGGUGGUUUUCCUCUAUUCCGGGUCCAACACAACCCAAUAGGCUUUUUGUGUACUCAGCCACGUCUCAUGGCUCAACAAGCCAUGUUAAGAAGCAAUUGGCACAAGGGUAUCCACAAAAGACCAUAUUUGAUUCAGUUCAUGAGAAUGGUUUGGACUUUGGGAUUUACUUUCAGAAUAUCCCCACAACACUUUUCUACAGGAAUAUGAGAAAAUUGAAGUACAUAUUCAAGUUUCAUCAGUUUGAUUUGAAGUUCAAGAAAGAUGCUAGGAAUGGUAAGCUCCCAAGCUUAACAGUGAUUGAGCCAAGGUACUUUGAUCUAAAGGGAAUUCCUGCUAAUGAUGAUCACCCUUCUCAUGAUGUUGCCAAUGGCCAAAAGCUAGUAAAGGAGGUCUAUGAGGCACUUAGAGCAAGCCCACAGUGGAAUCAGACCCUUUUGGUGAUUACAUAUGAUGAGCAUGGUGGUUUUUUUGAUCAUGUCGAAACCCCUUAUGUCAAUGUUCCUAACCCAGAUGGGAACACAGGCCCAGCUCCUUAUUUCUUCAAAUUUGAUAGGCUUGGUGUUCGUGUGCCGACAAUUAUGGUCUCUCCUUGGAUCAAGAAAGGAAUUGUGGUAAGUGGCCCAAAAGGACCAACACCAAACUCUGAGUUCGAGCAUUCUUCAAUCCCUGCCACCAUCAAGAAAGUAUUCGACCUCUCCUCAAACUUUUUGACUCACAGAGAUGCAUGGGCCGGGACUUUCGAACAAGUUUUUGGAGAACUAACCUCUCCCAGGACUGACUGCCCUGUGACUUUGCCAGAAGUGACACCUUUGAGGACCACAGAAGCUAAAGAAAACAGUGGACUAUCUGAGUUUCAGGGUGAGGUAGUACAGUUGGCUGCUGUUCUUAAUGGAGACCAUUUCUUGAGUAGUUUCCCAGACGAAAUGGGCAAGAAGAUGAGUGUGAAAGAAGCUCAUGAGUACGUGAAAGGGGCUGUUUCAAGGUUCAUAAGAGCCAGUAAAGAGGCCAUCAAGUUGGGAGCAGAUGAGUCAGCAAUUGUAGAUAUGAGAUCAUCCCUCACAACCAGAUCCUCCAUCCACAACUAGUUGGACUUAGAUCUUCUAAGUUCAUAUUUUAUAUAUAUACUGAUCGUGUUCCUCAUUAGAUUAGUUAUUUGUGUAUUCUUAUUGAAUUGGUACGGGUUUUGUAAUAAUAGUGAAAAAGCAAAGGAAGCAGUUGUUGAGCUUAAAAGGAAAAGAAGAGAAAGAAAAAGUAAAAGAGAAAGCAAAGUAAGCAGUUGAUUGAGCCUUUA